AUGAAACAUGACGCUCAGGGCUCUCAUUCUUGUUCUCUUUGCCUUUAUUUCACCAGGAUGCACGCUGAAUCCGCUUGUCGCCGAAUUAGAGGGUGACGUGAUCCUUGGCGUGGUGCUGCCGGUACACCAGCGAACAGGUAUAAGCAACUGCGGCCGCAUCAGCAGCCACGGGAUACAAGCUAUGCAAGCUAUAUCCGAUGCCCUUCAUGAGAUCAACAGCCGGACGGAUUUUCCUCCUAUUGUGAUCGGAGCGGUCUUCCUUGAUACUUGUAACGUGCCAUUGAGGGCAGCUUCGCUUGUCAUGAGCCAUUUCCAACCUGAUGGAGUCCUGGGGAAUUUGGCGAACGUGCUCAAGAUCAGGUGUCCUUCAGGGCAGCAUCCAAACAUUCAGGCCGUCAGUGUGCUGCAGAAGGUGGUCGGAGUCAUCAGUGGAGCACGUUCAUUCGAAAACCACCGGUUGGCUACGAUCUCUGGACUACUCGGCAUACCUGUGGUGAGCUAUCGUUCAUCAUACAGACAGGUACCGCUUGGGGACAUCGCUCGCCUCGUUGGUAAUGAAGUACCAUUCUUGACCUCCUCUCCCGAUUUCCCCCUGGACGAGUCGCCACCAAUCUGUGAGUUACUUCGGCGACUUGAGUCGAACUAUGUGUCGUUGGUCACUGGAGAAGACUACGCCUCAUACAUGAUUUCCAAGGGGAUGGAAACAUGCCUUCGACGAAAUAGAAUCUGCAUUGCCGCCAGGUUAAUGAUGAAAGAAGAAAGCAGUCCACUUGAAUAUGAACAAAUCCUAGACGGUUUGAAUAGCCAUCCAUCAGCGAAAUACGUUAUUGUCAUCGACGGCAGGGGAAGCAAGAACGUGCGUGGUUUGUUUGCUGCCGCUAGAAGGCGCGGUCUGACUGGAAGGUUUCGAUGGUUGGACGGCAGUGGUUGGGGGGCUGACGGGUCCUUUGAUGUGACCGGUCUUGAGGACGUCAUCUUAGGCGCGAUUACGGUACAACCUCGGCCCAUUGAAGAUUUCAGAUUGAAGGAAAGUCAUUCUAGCCAGCCCUCUGUGUUCGCCGAGUAUCUAAAGCCCAAUAUUACCGAGGGUUUCAUUAACCCUGAGCUGAUCUACGCCCGGGAGGCUGUUUACGCCUACGCUUACGCCCUCAUGGGAAUGUAUCGAGAACUGUGCCCUGGUCGGCCAGCGGUGGGACUCUGCUCCAGAAUGUGGCCGAGUAAUGGGACAGUGCACCAGGGAAGCCAUCUCUACAAGAAGCUUAAAGAAGUACGCUUCUCCGAAGGUGCUGGCCAACCGUUCUACUUCAACAGCAGGAACGAGGGAAGAAAAAACCUCCUCUUGAAACAGUACACAAAGGUGGAUGGUCGUUACUCCUGGCAACAGAUAGGAACAUACGAAGACACUGCAGACUUGGAAACCAGGCUGACAAUCCAACCUAGCGCCUCCCAAGCUCUCGAGUCCUUGACGCCCUCCGUCUGCUCGCUUCCUUGUCAAAGCCACGAGCGGAAAUCUUACAUGACAUCCCCAGGCUGCUGUUGGAUAUGUGUGAAUGGGGACUAGAACAUGUACAAGCUGCCGACGCCAACGACGGAACAAACUGACCAGCCCGACACGAUCUCCACGCACCGAUUCCAACCAUCCUGCGGAAUGGCCCGCCUACCUCGAACGCCUGUAAGAGUCGAUUAAAAACUGGUUCCAAAUUCAUACAUGGGAUGGCGUUCGAGUAGACACGCUAUACAGCGUCCGUGUGACAAGUGACAGUCCAGUGACAUUUCAUAAUAACACUAAGCAUUUUUACAGACUGGAACCGGUCAAGUUCGGUCUCGUAUUGGCCUGGACGUGCACAGCCACACUUUUUCCCAUGGGAAAGGAUAGCAUGAGACGGUUCCUGGCUGAUGUUACAGCAAGUAGUGUACGAGGUUUUUGUAAUGGACCUGAAACAAUAACUCUCCAACCCGAGAUAAAAGCGUGUUUCGACCUUGUUAUGAGUGCGCUAAAGUCACCUCGAGUCUCGGCGAACUCGUGCUAAAGUCACCUCGAGUCUCGGCGAACUCGUGCAUGUACGACUAACCAGCCUGGUUACUCUCAGGUAGAACAAGCAUCAGUAAUUCGGUGCACGCUAAACUAUGCAUUCUUGGGAGCUUGCCAUAUCACCCUAGCCUAUUCACCAUAUUGAAAUUCGACGAGUUGGAAGUAUCAUUCCAUUCCCUGCUCAAAAUUUGUAAUCCGUACCUUCAGCAUGUCGCUGGUCAGUCAGACAAUGACAUCCUAAAUUGGGCAAUUGUAGCCCGAUCGACUGAGCUGUCGCCCACCGAUACCCUGUUCAAAUCUUACUAUUUCACCUCGCCUAAUAUAAGUUUACAACCAAAUCACCACUGUAGAAGGGUGUUGGCAGUUAAGCUGGCGUUGAGGUGUUAUCACUCUGAAAGUAUCAGUCCAGCUGCUAGUAAACUGGUCAACCGAUUGACACAGUCUACAAUGUAGACCAAAAAUGCUGUCAUAAAUUAAUGUUCAGGAUGUUUGUCCUUGAAUAUAUUGAUAUCCCUGAUUGGUAUGACCAUGAUGUUGCACAACACUUUAUUGUAAAUACGCGUUGGAGGUCAAAGAUUGUUAGGGACGGCUUAUAGAGACAGCUGAAGCCAGCAGAUAAGCAUCAGAGUUAUGUCACACCCCAAUAAAGCUUUAGCAAGUAGACCUAGGCGACUAAACACACACAAAAAACCAUGACACUAGAAUAAUCAGUCCGUGUUGAUUGAUGUUCAAAAGACAGUUUUGUUCCAUCGCAUAAGUUGCGGUUCCACUACAGCUAAGUCCGGACUACAUCCGAAUUAGUUGUGCUUCCAUUACAGCUAGUCCGGACUACACAAGUCCGGAUCUCACUAAGAGCGGUCUUAUUAAGUUCGGAUAGGACAAGCGGAUUUAAGCCGAACUUAGAAUAGACCCGGAUCUAAAGCAGAAAUGACCUGUUAUGGAACCGAUAGAUUUCACAAACCUGUGAUGUUCCCAAUCCGCCAUGAGUUUGUUCGGAUCGGUAAUGUCAUACUUGGGUAGUUUACUAAAUGGCAAUUUAACGACCAGGUGAUAUAUUUGUUAGGUUCAUCAGCUGUCCCGUAUGUACUAAACCCGUGACAUAUUCAAGCAGA